UGAGGUAACACGCCCUCUUCCGGCCAACUCAUCUGAACUCUGUUGUAAGUUCAAAUGUGUCACUUUUUACCAGACAGUGAAAAAAUACAUCGCUUCACUUGAAGUAGACAGAAGACAGGGAAACAGUCAAAAUGGUGUUGCUGACGAUGAUUUUUCGAGUCGCCGACGGGUUGCCACUUGCUGCAUCUAUGCAAGAUGACGACCAGUCUGGACGAGACCUACAGAAGUAUCAGAGUCAAGCCAAGCAGCUUUGUCGAAAACUGAAUGAACAGAGUCCUGCACGAUGUACUUUAGAAGCAGGUACCAUGUGCUUUCACUAUGCCAUUGAGAAAGGAGUGUGUUACUUGGCCUUAUGUGAAGCAGGAUUCCCAAAGAAACUGGCAUUUGCUUAUCUAGAGGAUCUUGAAGGAGAAUUCAGUGAGCAGUAUGGGAUAAAGGUCUCAUCAGUAUCACGGCCAUACUCUUUUAUUGAAUUUGACACAUACAUACAGAAGGCCAAAAAAUCUUACAUUGACAGCAGGGCACGAAGAAAUUUAGGCAACAUCAAUACAGAGUUGCAAGACGUCCAAAGAAUUAUGGUUGCCAAUAUAGAAGAGGUUCUCCAGCGUGGUGAAGCCUUGUCUGCUUUGGAUUCCAAAGCUGCUAACCUGUCCAGUCUGUCGAAGAAAUACCGCAGCGAUGCCAAAUAUCUCAACACACGGUCCACCUAUGCUAAAGUAGCCGCCGGUUCUGUCAUUUUCAUUACACUCCUUGUCUAUGUACGAUUCUGGUGGCUGUGAAUGUAAAUUAUAAAUUAAAGCAAUAACUCUCAGGGGUUCAGUCCAAAAAAUGUUUGGACACCAAAUAGUUCACCAUGGCCUUAAGGUUUUGUCUGAGAGACUUUACAAUCUUUAUGAAAAGUGUGUUUUGUCAAGUUCACAAUGCUAUAGUCUUUUUUAAUUUUAUUGUAGAAAUGUAUAACUGUUAGUUAUAGGUAGUGAUAAAUGUACGUUUGUUAGAAAAUUUUCUGUAUGUUCGUUACAGAGGUCUUCCUGAGCCAUGCAAAGUGUCAUAACAGUAGUUGAAGAAAAUUUUAUGUGCCAGAUUUUAAAUCCCAGCUGAGCUGUCAAAAACAAACAUUUGCUCGUGACUUAUUUGUAAAUUGUAAGAAAUGUAAUACAUAUUGAGUACAAAAUCAUUGCAAAGGUUUAUUGUUUACAAGUUAAACAUACUCAAUGAAAUACAAAAAAAAAACAUCACACUUUAAUGCACUCACACUCAUGUUUACAAAGAUGAGCAUUUAUGUCUGCAAAGGAUUUUUUAAAAAUAAAAUAAAACAAAAGCUGCUCUUGUGUUGGUCGUCACAUCCGCUCUAAAGACAAUUUCGUAUAAUUGGAAGCAGGAUAUUUAGACCACAAGGUCAAAAUCAUCCCUCUGGAGAAAAUGAUAAAUUAUUCAUUAAUAUGCAGACAAAUUUCUAAACAGGAAAAAUUGUCAUCCAGCAUAAACUGUAAAGUAUUACAAACAGUUUUCUGCUAUCAUGAAGUGUUAGUUGAUAUGCAAAGGGCUGUGAUAAAUAAAUGAGAAUAUAUAUUGACAUGCAUACCUCCUCAUUGUAAUUCAUGACAUGUUGUUUGAUCUUGGAUGAGUCCACCCAUGUGACAAAGUCUUCCAUACUCCUAUAACAAUAUUGCACAAUAAAGUCUAAAAUGUAUUUUA